UGAGUGCGCCCAAGAACGACGCCGUGGAGCGUCGCGACGUCCGCGAUAUUCGUCGAUCGCUCGAGGCGACUUCGAGUUCACGUCCGCGGAACCGAUCCCCGUGGAGUUUUCGGAAAAAGGGCCUACGAGGUUGGAGAGAUCCGCUUCCGAAGUCGCGAGGUGGACCGCGCUCGCGGCGGACUUCAAAGCCGACUCCGCAUUCGAGGCGAGAUAUCGCGAGAUCCUGCGAUAGAGCUUUAAUGCCCGAACACUGCUCGGAAAUUUAUCAAUACUCCAGGACCUAGUCGGCGUCGGUACUCGCUGCGAAAGUACGCGCCCUAAGGAGACGAGCCAAGCCCAUCCGCCUGCGAAACUUCCCCGAAGGAAGUCGAGAGAGAUAUGGCCACAGAGGGCGGUCUUGCACCCGAUGCCGCGGCGGCCGGCGCCGGAUCGGAUGGCAUCGUCGGCGGACCCCGAACGCCCCAGCAGAUCGCCUCGCAAAAGCGCUUGCAGCAAACGCAAGCCCAAGUCGACGAGGUCGUCGACAUCAUGAAAACUAACGUCGAGAAGGUCCUGGAGCGGGAUCAAAAGCUCUCGGAGCUCGACGACCGAGCUGAUGCUCUUCAGCAAGGCGCGUCACAAUUUGAACAGCAAGCCGGAAAGCUGAAGAGGAAGUUCUGGUUACAAAAUCUGAAGAUGAUGAUCAUCAUGGGCGUCAUCGGACUUAUCGUAUUGGCCAUCAUCGUAGCCAAGUUCAUGCCGGAUUCGCCGCCUCCUGCCCCGCCGGUGCCAGCCUACGCGUAUCCACCACCGGGACCUCCACCGGGAGUCGCGCCCGGCGCCGGGGGAGCUGCACCCCCGCAGACUCCGCAAGCUGCUCUGGUCGGCUCCUUGGACGGAAUCCUCAAAGGCGUCUAAAGGCUCUGAUUUAAGGGGGUUUUCCAAGUGUAGGCCAUGUCACGAUGCAAAGGAGAUGAGCUCUUAUUUUUCACUCGUUCCGCGCCUUCCGAAGCGCCGCCAUAUUGCAAUAUAUUGCGAUAUUCGAUCGAGUCAUGUCAAAACUGGAAGAGAUCAAAGAAAAAGGACGUUACCUUCUAAGUACAUCUCGAGUUCGGCGCUACAUUAUUCGUAUCAUUAGUCGUUCAGCGGUGUGGCUACGUUUUGGAAGUGUCCUAUGAUUGGUUCGUCAAAAGGGGGUCACAUCUUGUCUCCUUUGCAUCGUGGACUUUGUCGCGAUCGUAUAAUAUAUACAGGUGUGGCAAUUUCUAUGAUGGGCGGACAGUUUUCGUAGGUCAUUUUAGCGAAGCUUUAGUGAAUUAAAAUUACAUGGAAGAACUGCUCGUCCUUGGGAAAAUGGAGUCGAACGAUCCCGUACCGUUUUCAUCUACGUGUCAUUUUCAGUCGGGAAAAGCAAUCUAGGGUCAAAGUUGGCCGCCAAACGAUAAAUCAAUACAAAAUCUGCCCGUUGGUUGGAUAUUUUUCAAUUAAUUAUUACCGACAAAUUGUACGCGGACUUUUCGACUCCAUUUCCAACGAGGAUUGCGUUAAGUCACCCCCGUGGAUACGAAUUUUCUUAAACACCGUAUACCGAUUGCGAAACGCCUGCGUGACGGAUAUAAACACAAUGGAAAUCCCAUCUUAAUGUUAAACAGAGGGGAGGAAGAAACGAAUACUUCGUUAUUUUGAUUUUAAAGUAGACAUGGGUAUUUCUCAGAAAAUUCAUCGUUUCCCCCUACGAGCGUGUCCAGUCCUAAGAAUAAUAAGAGUCCCGUGACAAGUCUGGCGGAAGAUUUACUUUUUUUAUCUUCUCCUUCCUUUAUUACGAAUUACUCGCGGUUUGAUCGGUUUCUGCAGUUUUCCAAAAUGGCGAGAUGCGAACUCUCUUAUAAUUUCCACCUGAUCGUCACGGGAGAUUCUUCAUCCUUUUGAGAACAGGUGAUAAGGGUAAAUGGGAAAUUGUUAGGGAAAUCGUGCUAAAUGAACCGAGACCAGACGGCGGUGGCCAUUUUCAUCGAAAACGUCGGCAAAAGGAAGUUCCUAAAGAAAUGCCCUACGCCACUGGCCCGCAAUUGGACAUUCAGCAAAACGAGAAAUUUAGGAUCGAUUAUGCAAUCUUCACGUUUAAAAAUAUCGGAAAAUGCUAAAAGUGGACAUUUGCCUCGCUCGGUCUCUCUUCUUUUAACGCCAUUCCAUUUGUUUGACUUGACCGCGGUGCCGCGAUAAUGGACCUUCACUUUUUGCAAUUUCCCUCUUUUUAAAUGGCAUAAUCGGGACACUUUCUCAGCGUUAAGUAUACAAACGUAUACGCCCCCUCGCGUAUAUUGUGUAUAGAAUCUGUACGUAUGCGUUAUGUAUUACAAAAUGUCAAUGUAAGGUACUCACCCCCUUAAAAUAAGAGAAAUUGGACAGCUUAACCGAUUUGUUCGUUGAGCUCAAGCGUUAAUAAAAGCGAAUAGGUUUCUGUUGUUAGUUAUGAUUUUCCGAUGAAUUCAAAGUGAAAAGUUGCAAGGUCGCUGCAAUAUUGAGAAUCGUUAAGUCCUAGAUGCUUUCCAAAAGCCAAGUAAUUGUAAUCGUUACUUCGCAGGUUUUUCAAUAAUUUAAGCAAAGUUAUGAAUAAUGUUUCACGAUGAGUUAAGUCAUUAGGAAAAAGACAUCGAUGAGUUUCGGAUGAAAUUGGGUAAAAAAUUGACGUUUCCCAAUGGAAGACUCGCAGAAUUACCUCGUAUGCGUGGGCGUCGUUUCCGACGUACGAAAGAAAAACGUUAGAUAAUACAAAAAUCGAGUCGAAAGAUAAGAAAACGAGUUGAAUUCCUCCGAAAGAUGGCGCUCUUAGCAGCAUUUCGAUUUUUUUUUUUUUACUUCCGUUUCUUCAAAGUCACGUUUCAACUUAAUUCCCAUUUCCGCCAUCUUGAAUGCGAAAAGCCGCAUGCUUUGAAAUUGGCGAGUUUUCUAAACGGAAUCCGAUUUUUAUCCGCUUUUUUCCCGAAACGCCGCAUCCUAUAUCGAACCACCCUUUAUCGAAUGUAUAUUUAGCUAGAGAGGGAAGCUGCAAGUACCACUCGAAGGAAUGGAAUAAUAAAAUAAAAGUUAAGGUCGCGCCUUAAAGAUUUCAAAUUUUCAGCUAAAGUAGCUUCCGGCAAUACUGUACCCGAGAUCAAUAAAUAAAU